GCAGCAGAUGUGUUUCGGCGGGUAUGAGACUAUGUAUUAGUAAUUUUGAUAUUUGUGAUUCGAAUAUUUAAAACUAAUACGAUAUACGAACCGAUACGUCCAUUAGAUAAAUCAAGUCGCUUUUUAACUCUUUAUUAGAACCCUGAUGUUUUCUAUUUCUAUCCGAGAUAGCACAGGAUUCGCUACAGGGGAAACAAAAGAAAAGUCUGUCAAGCCUAAUUUUGCACAAACUGAAAUAUUACAAAAUGAUGAGAAAAACUGCCAAGUUCCUCAAAGAGAAAGUGUUCAGGUUCAGACAGAUACAAAGGAGAAGAAAGGAGAUAUAUUUGUUGAAUUUGAUGUAAAUAAUUUAUCAAAUUUCCUGUCAAGGGUGACCCCACUUGUUUGUUCUGUUUUAGAAAAGAAUGUUAAAAGUCAAGCAUUUCAUCGAUAUAAUUUGCUGUCAGAUAAUGAUGACAGCACAAUUUCAUGUAAAUAUUUGCUUGAAAAGUCUUUACCUAGUGAUUUUUGUUGCAAUUUUGUAUCUUGGAAUUCUGUUGGAACUGCAGUUGCAGCAGCAUAUGGUAGCAGAAGUCAUAAAAGCUGGUGUGACCAUGAUUCAUCUGUAGGUGUGUGGAGCCUUAAUCGUAAAGAUUUUGAUUCGAAGAAGCCUAAUGCAAUUCUUGAAACAGACUGCUGUAUUACGCAUGUGACUUUCCACCCUGAUUUACCGGCUAUACUUCUAGCUGGAAAAUUCAAUGGAGAGAUAGUAUUGUGGAAUAUUUCGAAAGAAGAUGAUCCUCUGUUAGGAAGUUCACAAAAUGCCCUUGGUAGCCAUCGUGAGCCCAUUACAGGAUUGUUUUGGAUACACAGUUUUAAAGCACAGGAUAGUUUAGAGUUUGUAAGCUGUAGUUUGGAUGGUAAAAUAUUACUAUGGAAACUUGAAAAUGGUGAAUUAGUACCUUAUGAUGGUUUUAUCAUUUUGAUAGAACAAUUGCCUCGUUCAUUUUCUGUAAAAACAAGCAAAGAAAAUUCUGAAGUUGGUGUUACUUCAUUAUCAAUUAAUUGUGAAGAUCAGUCUAUUUUUAUUAUUGGAAUAGAAGGAGGUGGUAUCUUUCAGUGUUCUUUCAACUCACUAGUUCCAGCAUCAUAUUCUGGAUAUAGUUCCGUUUCUUUGAAAAAUCCUAUAACUAUGAGUUUCGAGCCUCACAAAGGACAAGUAACUUCAGUUCACUUCUCACCAUUUUCUAGAAAUAUAUUUCUCUCUGCAGGAAGUGAUGGAGAGCUUCGGAUAUAUAAUUUAUUGAAGGAGGAGGAGCAAAAUUGAGUGCUCUAAAGAACUAGGUCACUGCAAUGCAUUCUUCCAGAGCUUGUAAAAAGUACUUUUGUCUUUCGCCUUUUUUUUCUUAAAUCUUUGGAGCCAGGUCAGCUGUCAUGUUUAAUGAGAAUUAUUUUCUUACAAUGUAGGCAUUCUGAAUAUUCAUUAUGGAGAUAAAAUUUGAUAUAUGAAAAGGAUACCCCCAUCCCAAGUUGCUACUCAUGUUAGUCGAGCAUGUGGCAAAAUUUAUUUCCCAAAUGUUUACAUUAAAUAUAGGCUGUUUUAUUUAUAUUUAUUAAGGUUACAGAAGUAAGUUGGAGCCUUAAAUAAAAUUGCAUGUACAAAAUACAGCAUUUCAACCUCGAUAACACUUGUUUGCCUUAAUAUCAGUUUCUCUGAACAUCUAUGAAAAUAAAAUGAAGGAAUUUUUUUAUACAUUUGGUAAAGAAAUAUGAUUUUAUAUCGGAGAAUUGAAAAAUUUACUGAAACAAAAAGUCUAUUAUUUAAUAAACAAUUAGUCUGGAACCAAUAAGUAAUAAAUUUUAAGUUAUCUAGUUUGAAAAAGUUAAACUAAAAUUUAGUAAUUUUUAAUUAUAUAAUACUUCACAAAUUUAGCAAAUUACUUCAUAAUUUAGCAAUUACUUUAAUACAGUUAAUUAAAAAAUAUAUACACUCAUACUAAAAAAUAAGCAACAAUCGCUAAAAGAAAAGGUAUGAAUGUAAAAAGGGGAAUCAAAACAUGCAAUUUACAUAUGAGGUAAAGGCUGCAUCAUCGAAUGCAAAUAGGCAACCAAAAUUAGCAUAAAAUGCAACCUUGCAGUCACACCACAAAAUCUUAGAAAGGGGCAUGCUGAACCUAUAUGUCAGUUUGCAAGCAGCGAUUGUUUCAUGUAAUCUGAGAUAGCUAAAGCAGAAAACAUGAGCCAAAGAUGCCAUUUGCAAGAUGAAGUCCUUUGGAGGGCUGUCAGGAUGUUGCAAGACAAUCCGCUGUUACGAGAGAGCUGAAUGUGCAUUGCAGUGUCAUCAAUAGGCUGUGUCAUUGUUAUUAAAGAGGAUAAAAUUCCUGUAGAAGACAUGGUUCUAGACACUAGAGGAUUACCUCAACAGCAGUUGAUCGCUUCCUGCUGCUAUGUGCAAGAUGGCAUAGAUAACUAACAGCAUGACAACUAGCGUCGCAUCUCUGCUGCUGCACAACAGCCCAUAUCCUGCCAAACUGUGUCCCAUCCACUGCAUGAAGGUGGACUGUCACCUGAUGACCUGUGGUUUGUGUUUCUUUGUCCCCAUCACAUGUCAUAGCAUGGUUGAAUUGGGCCCAUGAACAUCGGAGUUGGACACCACAGCAGUGGAGUGCCAUGCUUUUUACGGACGAGUCUCAAUUUAACAUCCAGAACAAUUCCCGAAGGUGAGUGAUAUGGUGAACACCAGGAACGUGCUAUCAAGUGCCAAACAUUGUCGAAAGAGACCAUUACAGAGGAGGAAGCUUAGUUGUAUGGGCUGGGAAACGAACGAAUGGCCGUACCAACCUCUACAUGAUUUCUGCUAAUUCCAUUACAGUUGUCCGAUACUGGGACAAAAUUCUACACCCUCACUGCUGCAAUGGGUACAGACACGAUAUUUAUAGACGAUAAUGCCCGCUCUUAUAGAGGUCAAGUGAUGUAGAGUUAUCUAGAGAGUGAAACCAUUCCACAUCUGCUGUAGCCUGCUAGAUCACUGUAAUGUUCUUGAUACAUGAGUUUUUGUCUGUCUUUACUUUGUUUUCUAUAUGGUCUAGUAAUGCCACACCAACCUCUUGGAUGAACUUCACAAAUACCCAUUAGAUAAUUUUUGUUUCAUUCUGUGUUUUGCCUUUAUUGCUAAGUAUGCAUUUACUUUUCUUCCAUGUAUGCAUUAAGAGCAUAACGGUUAUAUGUUUUUAUUUAUUAUUUUUAUUUUAAUUUUCUUCAGGAGUGCCAAUAUACUGUUAAGAUAAGGCAGCAUGUUAAAUUUUAUUUGCUUUCAAGGUAACAUAUUAUUGCUUUCAAGGAGUGUAUUUACAUAAUUUAACUCAAAAUUUCACAUUAAUCUUUUUAAAACCCAAACCUGUCAUUAUUUCCAGCUUUCCACAUCUCAAGAUCAUAAAUAUGCUCCUGGAAAAUAUACACUAAUGAUUAUGAAUAUUGCAGCACUGUGAAGGAAUUAUGCAAAUUGAACUAAACUUGCAGGUAAUAUAAAGUGAGGUAAACAUGCAAAUGAAUAGAAUUACAAAGUGAUUGCACAUGCAUAGUAUGAGAACCUGCCACUUGUUCCAUGCAUAUACAGGACUGUAAAGUUGGGUUGAAAUUUGUUUAUUGUCCUCUGGCUGCGAUGAACGUUUAAUUAGUACUCAAUAUGCCUCAUGAACAGCGGAAGGUGUCAUACCAACAACUAACGGAGUUUGAACGAGGCUGCAUUCUCAAUCUGUGAAAAGGUGGACUUUCGUAUUGAGCAACUGCAGCCCGCACACUGCGUAAUGCCACAACAGUGAUGUGCGUUUUGAAGAAAUGGACAGAGGAGAACCAAAAAAAGAAAAGUCCUGGCAGUGGGGCAUGCAAUAGCACAGGACGACAGAUACCUCAUCUGCAUGGCUGUGACGAAUCAUACAGCGUCUUCUCGCAUAUUCGCAGAAUGUUGGAGCGCAGUUUCAGGUUUAUUGUCUAGUUCUAUGAUUUGUCAUUGUCUGCUGCAGCACAAAUUGCGUGCGAGAGUUCCUCUAUGCAGGAUUCCCCUGUCACUGAAUCACAGAUACUUCCGACUUCAAUCGGUACAGUAACACAGUUCAUUACGUGCCCUCUGGCAAUAAGUUAUUUUCUCUGAUGAAUCUCGCUAUAAUGUGGAGUAUAAUGAUGGAAGAGUACGCAUCAAACAUUACAGAGGGAAAUGUUUGCUCCCACAGUAUGCUAACCAGCAUACCACACAAACGACUGGCAAUUGGUAUGGGGAGUUAUUGGUUAUAACUGUUGACCCCAUCUAGUGCAGAUUGCGAGCAACACCAAUAGUGAUCGCUACAAAAGGGUAGUUGUCGAGCCAGAAGUCCUCCCCAUUUUUGAUGCAUUCCGGGCACUUUAUUUUACCAGGAUAAUGCCCGUGCAUAUGCUUCUCAGACUGUACAAGCUUUCUUUAGGGCACAAUAGGUUUCGCUUUUUCCAUGGUCUGCUCAUUCCCCGUAUAUGUCGCCCAUUGAUCAUGUCUGGGAUUUCAUCGGUCGGCAACCCACUCGUACAGCUGAUGGAGCACUCACUGAGAUUGAAAUGGUGUCAAGUCGAAGCAAUAUGGAAUGUCAUUCCCCAGGAUAACAUUCAAAAGCUAUAUGAUUUAAUGGCAUGAUGUGUACAGGCUGUCAUUGCUCAGUGUGGCGGACACUCAAAGUACUGAUUUUUGAUUUUUUGGUGUGUGUGUGUCUUGAAAAUUUGAUUGUUUAUAUGCACCACUAUCAGUAAUAUGUGGAACAAAUUUCAUUCAUUUCCAAUAAAUCUUUCAUGGUGCUGCAUUUUUCACAAACAUUAGGGUAUAUUUACAAAAUCUGAUGUGGGCAGUUCAUGACCUUCCACCAAUGCCAUGUUUUAAAUUAGAAAUGAGCUUCACGCAAAGUAUUUCUUCCGGUUGAUCGUUCAUAAACAAAAUCUAAUUUGCUGUUCUAAUAUACAGAAAAGUCUGUAAUGUGAAAUUUUGGAUUAUAUUUUACUAGGUAUGAUUGCCUAUGUGUAAAACAUUAUCAAUUGUUUGCUACUGUAUGUUUUUUAUUAAAAUCGUACUUUGUUGAGCAUUUGAAUUAUAUAAUUUAGUUUCUAAUUAAAGAAAAUUCAGUGCUUAUAAUAUAUUAAAAA